GUAAACAGACAAGGAAGUAGUUACAAAGUCUGGGGCGGCCUUGUUGGACAAAGGUUUACACCGAUAAUGUAGGAUUUCCGGCGGUAAAAAGUUGUGACUAUGGCCCCCCGGCGUAGUGCACAGGACGUGUUACGCUGUCAACUUUGCGAUAUCCCGGUCCCCCCUUUGUACUGUGGCAUUUGUCACAUACAUCUUUGUAAAGCCUGUGUAGGGGACCAUCUCCUAGAUGAAUCCUCAGAACAUAAAGUUGUUCCAUUUGAUAAGCGUGGAUUAACUACGAAAUGUCAGAAACAUUCCGCAAAAGUAUGUGAACUUUAUUGUGAAGAAUGUGACAUGUCUAUCUGUGCAACAUGUGCUUCCUCUGAACAUAAAGGUCACGAGUUAACUGAGAUUUUGAAAUACUUUGAAAACAAGAAAGCUGUUAUUCAAAAAGAUUUACAAGAACUAAAGAUAUCCAUUAGUCCUAAAUGUCAGGAGAUUGUGUCUCACAUAUCAGUUCAGAAAGCUGAUCUGAAUAAAAAUUCGCAGAAACUCACAUCUGACAUAAAUAAACAUGGAGAGGACUUGCACAGAGAAGUAGACAUUAUUAUAAAGAAUGUUAAGUCCAGUCUUGAAGAAAUUGAUUCUAAACAACUGACUGUCCUAAAAAAACAAGAAAAUGAAAUUAAACGCACCAUUUCUGAAAUCGUACAAUGUACUACUAAUCUAGAGAAACUACUGAACUCUAGCGAUAUCAACCUCGUCACUGCCUACAAAUCCAGGAAUACAGAAUUCAGAAAACUGCCUCCAAAACUCAAAGUUUCUUUACCAAGUUUUACUCCUCAGAAGAUCAACAAAGAACAGCUAUAUAAACAGUUUGGUUCUCUUUCGUCGUUGUCUAUCAAAAUUGAAGUACACGAAUAUACAAUGGAUGCUCCUGAUGCUGACGCUUUUGCCUCAUACAGAACAUUAAUCGAUGAACCACGAAUUGUCAAGGAUAUAAAAACAGAACGUGGAGUACGCAGUGUGUCAUGCCUUAGUGUCAAACACGUCUGGACGAGUGGUUAUGACAAUAUCAUGAGACUCUACAAUCUGCAAGGAGAAAUAGUGAAGUCAAUCAAAACCAAGUCAGAAAACUCGCCAGAGGAUAUUGCAGUUACACAAAAUGGAGACCUAGUGUAUGCUGAUUAUAGGGAUAGAUCUAUCAACAUGGUGAAGAAUACAAAUGUACAGACACUGAUUAAAUUACAGGGGUGGAAACCUCGCAAUGUAUGCUGUACCUCAUCUGAUGACCUCCUCGUUGUCAUGAACAGUAAUGAUGGAAGAAAAGCAAAAGUAGUGCGUUACUCUGGCUCCACGGAGAAACAAACGAUCGAAUUUAAUGAUAAGGGACAACCACUCUAUUCAUCUCGUGACAUUAAAUACAUCAAAGAGAACAAGAACCUAGAUAUAUGUGACGCUGACUAUACAGCCGGUGCCGUAGUGGUGGUUAAUCGGGCCGGAAAACUCCGGUUUACCUUCCCUGGUCCUCCUUCAAGUACCAAGACGUCGUUUAGACCGUACGGCAUUACAACAGACAGCCAUAGUAGGAUCCUGGUAGCAGACUGGGACAACAAUCGAAUCCACAUAAUUGACAAGGACGGGGAGUUCCUCCGCUUCAUUGACAACUGUGUAUUACAGAAUCCAUUGGGUUUAUGCGUGGACUCCAGAGACAACAUCUUUGUGGCUGAGAAUGGAACAAGUAAAAUAAAGAAAAUCCAGUACUGCAACUAAACAAACUGUUCACAUACACUUGGUAGCAAUGGGGUUUCUCAAUCCACGCUAUAUUCAAUUUUGUAUUUGUACAUCUUAAUAAUCUGCACUUUUGUCUUAUAUUACAUCAGGUUGUCUGUUUAUAUAUUGUGUAAAAGUAAACUGUUUACACACACGUGUAUGUAUCUAACUAACUGUAUAAACUAAGAUAAUACUUGUAAACAGACUGUCUAUAUUUGACAAUAUUUGUACUAUGUAAAUUUAUCCAUGCUAAUUACAAGCAUUGAAAAAGUUAUGAUACAAU